AUGAAUGAGCUUGAAAAUGGCAAAAACUACAACUACAACAUCAACGAUGCAGUUGCUGCUUUGUUCAUCGCUUUCAAUGCCGCGCGCAAGGUGGUGGUAUUUCCUCUUGCGAUACUUGCAGUCAGAAUCGAGAAUCGUUUCGAUGUAUGGCGUGCCUUGUCGGUGUUGAUAUUGGGAAUCAACGCGGUGAACGAGAAUGAAGAGCUCGAUGACCAGGAGAAACUGAGAAGAGGGAGAAGGAGAGGGAAGACCAGGCGCGGCAGGUACGCCAGGUACAAAGCCGUACAAGCCACCCGGGCCUCCAAGACCAUACCCAGGGCCCCCCCAAGCCUGCCCAAGACCACCCCCCAGGCACUAUUAUCAGAAACAAGACCAGACGAUCCCGCCCGCGGGCUGCAGACCUGUACCUGUACCUGUACCUGGACCUGGACCUGGACCUGGACCUGGGCCUUGACCUGCGCUCUCGCUUCGCGUUUAAUUGCUGUUAUUACUCCGUACACAGAAAGGCCAGGUACGGAUACCGUACUUCCAUUGGGUGCUUGGCUGAUUGCUCCUUCCAUCUUGAACUCACUGCUUCUCACCUGCCCGCGGGAUCCCAUAGUUCCUUCCCAAGGAUCCCAGCCACAAGCCCACGACCGACUUGAGUGGACUCUGGAGGAACACAGAGAGGGAGGACCACAAGGUGCUGCAUGCGAAGCCUGGGGACACAUGCACAUGCGCAUAGCGGACCCAGAAGGCGCAAAUCCCCCUCUUUUUGGCAUGUCUGCAUUGUGUCGUACGAGGAAAGUGGAAGGCGCCUGCAGCCAACAGGCGUGGCCCCCUUCCUCCUUCUUGGGUUCCUUCCUGGCCAAAAGACCCAGAAAGCAGCUGGUAAUGGUCGGAAAUCCGGGUCCAAGGCAUGGGAAGCAUAUUGCCUUCAUUUGCCAUUUUCAUCAUCCAUGGGCCAACUUGUCCAAGAAGAACGGCACAUCUUCAUGGAUGCACUUGUACUUUGUGCCUUCAUCCUGGCGCAGCGCCCAAAAACACACACAAAAAAUCAACCCAGCUGUGGCACUCUCCCACGAGGCACUUUCAGGGACGUCCCGGUCACACUGCUUGACGCUCCCGCCGCGGCAUCGACUUUCGUCUUCCACACAGCUGUCCAACGUCAGAAACCAAAUUGACGACGGUACCUGUAGGAAACAACCGCAGCGCACAUACGCAGUAUACGACCCGACGGGAUCUAAUGCGAGACAAAUCAACUGGCGAAACAAGCCAUCACCGCCAACCAUAGCCGUUGCAGUCCGCCUCUGUAUCCGUAUUCUCGCUGCACAAUUGGACGAAUGGAUCAUAUCAUCCCCGGACAAAGAUGUUGUAGCGCUGCGGAAAUAUUCGUCGUCACCCCAGCUCCAACUCGACAAGCCCGCCAGCCUGUCGCCGUGUCAAUUGACGGCUCGAUUUUCCCUCUUGGUCUUUGUCGACGACUCUGGCCCUCACACAGUCGGAUCAGAUUGCCUUGGCACAAUUAAAGAACCAUGCAUAGGUAAACCAAUCCCUGCUCCCACUAACCAUGGGCUGGCUUUUGGCAGCUUUGCUCAAUUUCGACACUGCGAGGCAAUUAACCGUCUGUCAAGCGCCUUUCCCGAAAGUGUCGACGACGUUAUUUCCACUCGCCAGCCUGGUCAAUUGGUCUCAUUUGUUUUUAUCGAUUCGUCGCUAUCGUUGUCGUCGCCCUUGGCUGUCGUCGUCGUCACCUCACAUCUCAAUUCGCUGAAGUGGGAAUGGGAUAACAUCUGGCACCAACUCCAAAAGCCAGUCUCCAACCAUUCAUUGUUGAUUUCGGCUGUCCUUGGCACCGUGCUGCAGCCACCGUGCGCUACUACGAUUGACAUCAAGCGCUCAUACGAGAUUCGGUUAGAUGGAUCACGGGUGGCGGGUGACGGAGGUUAUUGCAACCCCAGUUACCCCUAUUGUCUAUUGGAUUUCCGGUACAGAUACGCACUCAAGGAGGUCGAGAACAGAUUCGCGACGAACCCUUCUUGCGCACGUACGGAGUACAUGUCCAUGUCAUCUGAAAUCUGGAGAAUCCUUGACCGGCUGAUGCAUAGCUAUCCUGAGCGGGAAAAGCCGACCUUCAGUUCAAGAUGGCUCAUGAGGAAUAUAUCAUCGGCCUACCAAAGGCUAAUGUAUACGAAGCUUCGCUACAGAAUUCCGCCUGAAAUGCGCGAUGCAGUAGCUCAGUCAGCCCCCGCCACCAGUCCUACGUGGGUGGGCUUCUUUUGCCAGAUGCCAUUUAUCUUACAGGCUUCCGCUAGAACAAAUGAAUGGGGAAUCGAGAAAUUUCGGCUUCUCGUCGGGCUGUGGCUCAUCUCCUCCCCAGGCGUCAUGCCUCUGGCCACUCACACCACCUACGAGGUAUUCGUACUACGUACAGAUAUUCCUACAGGCCAUGAACACUUACCUGCUGGGCCGUGCCAUUUGCUUCGUCUCAUUUCGGCCAUGACCCUUCUGGGUCCAGGCCUGUACGAUUUAUCGGUCUUCACGAGAGGUGCAGGGAGAGGCCCUUCUCUCAAGGACCCAAACCCAAAGGCCUUUUACGAGGAGAGUCAUGUCACGAGCCCUGCUGGCUGCUGCACGAAAGACCCUCCCCCUCAUCGGCUCGAGAGUGCCUCACCCAAUUGGUGGUCGAACUCGCGUCACUGGAAAAUUACACCCACCAAACCUCGUACUUUGGAAUUCGUGAUUUUGAACAUCACCGAGGCCCUCGUCCGCAACAUCAAAGAAAUCUGUCAUGGCGCCUGCUUCCAGAACGAGAGAUUCCUGGCGGGCGUCCGUUCCAUGCCAGCAGAACGACGCGACUUUGAUCAAAACAACGCCAACUCACCCACGAGACUCAUACGCCUGAUUUGCACAUGUGUUACAAAAACACGCUAUCUGACGAUGCAUUCCAGACUUGACGUUGGUUUGGUUAUCGAUCCCACGUUCAAAGCCUCACGGGACGGGACCGCCGUUGUUUUGACCAGAGACAUUGGUCAGAAACAGGGGGGACGAUUGAUUCUGUCGAGGCACGGCACCAUCAAUCGCAUAUCGCUGUCGUCUCGUUUCUUCCUGAUGCAAGCUUUUGCGCCCUUUCCGUCUGGCAAGCUCGAGGCGCAACACGACUCGUGUUGCAUAGCAAACACGACCGACUACCGGCAACACUUGGUCGGCGGCGGCAGCAAGCCGGCGUUGGAUGUUGAUUGUGCAGAAAUGGCUACCGCCAUGGCGCAACCGUUGAGCCCAGCGCAAGAUGCUCAAGAAGAGGGGUUAGGCUCUACACUUCUUUUGAUUAUCACGAUCCAGGGCGGGGGAGGGAAGCGGUUGUCUCUUUUCCCCUCUCCCUUUCCCACCCCUUCACAGCUGAUGGAUAUCCCUUGGAAGGCUUUGCGCGCUGUUUUCAAGAUGGUCAAAGAGCAACAAAACUCUGCAUCCCUCCCUCUCUCGACUUGGAGCUUACAAGUUCCCCUUCACUUACAUUCGCAGCGAGGCACACGGCUCUUUCUGUGCCUUUCGCUUGGCUCGAUUCGGCUUCUUGGCAUGAAUUACCAUCACCUCUCAUCUCAUGAGUUGUCUUCCCAGGUGAUGCUACAGUCUGAGGAGGGAUCGAGAUUGAUUAUUGUCGUUUGUCUGGGACAGAGCAAGUUGAGCACCGUGACCAGAAACGGCAACCAAGGAUGA